CUCAUUUUAUGGACCAGAUGAAUUCCCUCGAGGCCCCUCCGAUCUCAACUAACAUUAAACUAUAUGCGAUUCAGCUUGUGUGUGCUAAAUAUAGCAAUCAGCAACCAACUACUUUGUCAGAAAAUUAUACUAUGAUGAUGUAAACAAGUAAACCAGAUUUUUAAUGCUCCUUGGAGUUGUAAAAGAUGACUUAGCUACAUGUACUGGAAAAGAAACAUUAAUUCUGGACUGCAAAAGUGGAUAAACUAGAUUUCUGAGGUUUUAUAGUUACAAUAAUUAAGAAACUAUGUUACAUUGUAAGUAUCUUCAUGCUGUUAUGAAAAACAGAGCAUUCCUGUUAUUCCGAUAUGGGUACAGUUAUAUGACCAUGUCUUCUAGGUCAGUACAUAAUUGCAUUAGAGGCAGUAUAAAAUGUUUGGAUUUUCAUAAAAGCAGCUGUCAGUCUUUGCAUAUGAAGUAUUUUGUCUCUGAAGCAGCUCCUACUAACACAAAGGAAAGAGUGACAACAAACUAUGAAAUACAGAUUGAAGAAACAACAGACAAAGUUUAUGAAUAUUACAGAAGUUGUAAUAUAAUGAUUGUUUCAUCAGGAAAAGAGAGAGUAAAAGACUAUGUCCAGCAUCUGAUUGAUUUAAAAUUAAAAAUAAAUGAUAUUGAACAAUUAAUGUUAGCAUCGCCAAAGAUUCUCAUAAACGAAGACAUGUGUACACUUACAAAACAGCUAAGAGAGUAUGGAUUUUCUCCUAAACAAAUGGUUCAUAUACUCAGUAAGUUUCCAGAUAUUUUAGACAUGAACUUUGAGACAUUUCUUAAGAACUUAGAAAUAUUUCGUAACAUUGGGUUCAGUGAUGAUGUCCUUAUGGCUCUGGUUGUAUCUGAUCCAACAAUCUUGUUACUUGAACAGGAAGACGUAUGUUAUCGAGUUGAUGAACUAAAAAAAAUGUUUUUAUCAAAGUCAGUUCUGCAGUUAAUUGUAAAGUCGCCUUCAGUUCUUACAGAAGAUAUUAAUGUGAUCCAUUUGAAAUAUGACUAUGUUUCUCAGAAAAUGGGAGCGACACCAGGUCAAGUUAUACGUAGCAAUUUAUUUUCUCACUCACUGGACUAUAUCAAGUGUAGGCAUCAGUUCUUAACAAGAGCAGGACUGUACAAAAAAGUCACCAAGGAUACAGGUGAAAUAGGCAAGAAUCCAUCACUUAGAGAAAUGUUGGACACAAGUGACGAGAUAUUUGCCAAGAAACAUAGCAAAAUGACAGUAGCUGAAUAUCAAACUUUUGUUAAAAUAUUUGAAAAAGAGAUGACUGCUGAGGAGGUGGACUGAAGUCAUUGAAAAAAAGAUAUGAUUGAUUUGGUACAUAAAUAAUAAUAAAAAAAAAUUGUAAUUUUAUA